GUCUAUUUGGACGGGUAUGGUGAUCAGGAGUUUCUGACAGCAGGAUCAGUAUCCAUAUGAACACAACCUUAUGCAGCUAUGCAGGAACCAACCAAAGAAGAGAACCCAGAGAGAAAUGAGGGCACAGCCAAUGCUAUCAGCAGACGAUCAAUGUUCUGCUCAGAUCCUUUCAUGACAGUCAAAGUGAACCUAGUUCUCGCUUGCUUGACUAUACUAGCAGGGUUUUUAAGGAUUGUUGGAAUUGAAAACCCUAGAGGUGUAGUAUUUGAUGAAGUUCACUUUGGUCAAUUCACAAGCCUUUACAUCAAUCGUAUCUUCUUUUUCGAUGUCCAUCCACCAUUGGGAAAGCUGCUGCUUGCACUGUCUGCCUACUUGUCUGGUUUCCAAGGCAAUUUUCUGUUUGAUAAAAUUGGUGAAGAAUUCCCUCCAACUAUUCCUCUGUGGUACCUUCGAUUGCUUCCUGCUAUCUUUGGAAGCCUAUUAGUGCCUGCUGUGUACCAGUUAGUCUUGGCAAUUGGGUUUUCACAUGGGGCUGCUACGUUGGCUGGCUUUUUAGUUUUAUUUGAGAACUCUUUGAUAAUACAGUCACGUUUUAUGUUCAUCGACUCAAUGCUGCUGUUCUUCAGUGUUCUGUCAGUCUUGUCGCUGCUGAUGUUCAAGCAGCAGAAACACAGGCCAUUCUCAUUAGCAUGGUUGUUUUGGCUUACCUGUACUGGUGUUUCAAUGGUUUGUUGUAUGAGUGUUAAAUACAAUGGGAUCUUCACAGUGCUUAUUGUGAUGGCAUCUGUCUGCCUGGAUCUUUGGAGGCUAAUUGCCGAUAGAUCAGUGGAGUUGAGGCAGCUACUUUACCAAUUUUCUUGCCAUGUAGGGUUGUUAAUCGUCUUGCCUGUAAUUAUUUACAUCAGUAUUUUCUUUGUGCAUCUAACUGUAUUAAACCGCAGUGGACCUCAUGAUGACUGGAUGACCAGUGCCUUUCAAGCCAGCCUACAGGGUGGUUUGUCAUCCAUUACCAAAGGCCAGCCUUUGGGGAUCGCAUUCGGUUCACAAAUUACUUUACGACCCACACAUGGUCGAACAUGCUGGCUUCAUUCCCAUGCACAUACGUACCCAAUGCGCUACCCUGAUGGGCGUGGCAGCAGUGCUCAGCAACAGGUCACUUGCUACUCAUUUAAGGAUGUCAACAAUUGGUGGCUUGUUAAAGACCCGCAGAGCACCAGUCUGAUUGUAGACUCCAAGCCACGUGUCAUCAAGCAUGGGGAUGUUAUUCAAUUAGUGCACGGCAUCUCUGGCAGAACACUGAAUAGUCAUGAUGUUGCUGCCCCUAUGUCGCCUUAUUGUAUGGAGGUAUCAUGUUAUGUUUAUUACAAUAUCUCCCACCCUGCUCAAAAUCUUUGGAAAGUGGAUAUUGUGAAUCGUGAAACAGAGGGCAGUAUUUGGAAGACCAUUAAAUCCCACAUUAGACUUGUUCAUAUGAAUACGUCAUGUGCUAUCAAGAUAAGUGGUUCUCAACUGCCUGAUUGGGGGUUUAAUCAAUUUGAGGUUGCAGCAGAUAAGGUUGUAAGCCAAGAAGCAACAAUAUGGAAUGUUGAAGAACAUAAAUACACAAGAUUAUACAAAGAGGUAGAAGGUGAAGAUGUUGAAGUUGGACCAGAGGAAGGUUAUGGUAUUCCAGACAAGGAAUUGAGCAUGUGGGAAAAGUUCAUGGAGUUACAGUGGAAGAUGCUUGCAGCCAACAUGGAUGUCAUUAAAGAACAUGAAUACAGCUCAGUGCCUCUUGAGUGGCUCUUAAUGGAAAGGGGUGCAGCCUACUGGAUGGACAGCCAAUCAAAUGCUCAAAUUUAUUUCCUUGGAAAUGCUGUGACUUGGUGGACAUCUACCAUAACUAUCCCUAUUUUUGCCACCAUUAUGCUUGUACUUGUCAUUAGAUGGAGAAGACAAUGCAAAGAUCUUAACAACGCUGAAUGGGAGAGGAUGUUGCAAUCGUCAAUACUUCUGUUUGGUGGUUGGUUACUCCAUUAUCUCCCAUUCUUUAUCAUGGACAGGACAUUGUUUUUACAUCAUUACCUAUCUGCCUUGGUUUUUAAAAUUAUUUUGUUAGCUGUAACAGUUGAAAUUAUAUACAUCCAUGUUCUAAGGUCGCCCAACUUAAGGAAUGUGUUUCUGUCACUGCUGGCCGUUUGGUGUACAUCAGUAUUUAUAACUUACUUAAACUUCCGUCCUUUAACGUUUGGUAAUAAAUCAUUAAGCAUGUCUCAGCUACAUUCAUUACAGUGGCUAGAUACUUGGACCUUUCUGGUCCGUAAUAGAAUAUGAAUAACAUUCACUAGAUUAUUUUUAGCUUAAAGUAUUUUAUACAAACCUAAACUGUCUUUCAAAUGUACAUUUCUGUGGUUUUUGGGCAUUUUUAUACAAUAAAUUAUUUCUAAUUCUUUAGUGUGACCAGGGGUCCCAAGUUGGAAGAAGUCAUUUCUGGGAAAUCUGCUGGGGUACGAAGGGGGUGGGGGGCAGAGAGAGACUUUCAUAGAUGGAGGGUGUAGACCACAUCAGCCCCACCAUGGUUGGGGCUGAGGUAAGAAAAAUUAUGAUUACGGCACUUCUAGAUGGUUGGAAAUGGCACUGACAGACUUAGAUUUGAAUAUAAUUUUCAUUUCUCUCUAUUUUUUUCAUAAUUUUGAAAAACUUAUGAGGCUUUGGGGGUGGGCCGGCUGGGCAUGGGCUGGCUACCCUCUUUCCCUUGAAUUCGCCACUGCCACCAUGGUUGGAGCUGAGGUAAGAAAAAUUUAUGAUUAAAGACCGGAAAUGGCCCUUAAAUUUAAAAUUUUAAUUUCUACCCCAUUUUUUUAUAAUUUUGAAAUAUUUAGGGCGCGGGCCAGCUUCCCUUCCCUUGAAUCCGCCACUGAUCUGGUUAAUGAGCUGUUUUACCAUCAAAGUGAUAAACAUCGGGACAGACUUCCAUGAGAAACUUGAUAAUUAAGCAUUGAAAAAUUAUGAAUUUGCAAGAUGGGUUAAUUUUCGGGAGAUUCUUGCUUGCGGGAGUGCGAGAGACCUUCCUGAUUUUGGGGAAACUCCCACGAGUUCCGGAAGACUUGGGACCCCUGGUGUAACACAUUACUAUUUUUCUAUUAAUAUACAUCUAAUUGGAUUGGUUAAUGUGUGUUUUUGUUAACAAUAUUGGUUGAUUUUAAAGGUUUUGGAAUUGCUUAACAUUUUGUCCAUCCAUCUUGUUGUUAUGUAUGGCCUUACGAUAGGUGAGAUGUUCUUAUGAAGAACAUUAGAAAAGUUCAUAUAGUCUAUUUUUGGAGUUAUAAUACUCUAUUAUUUAACAAGGGCGAUCAAUCCAUACCAGUGAAGCUAAUAAACUAAAACCUUAAUACUCUAUAACUAAAUUAUUUAUGUGUUUUGUUGAGUGAAAAAUUUUUUUUUGCCAGAAUUGAACCUAGCACCUUGGAUUUGUAAGGUUAGCAUCAUAACCACUAAAUUAUAGCGCUGCUCCACAAUUUCUACAUUCCAAAUUAUAACAUAUUUGUCUUCGAUGGUUGUAAUUAGCAGCAGAGAUGUAAUAGGCCUUUGUAUACUUUUUAUUUAUAAAUUUGAGUGGGAUACAUGCAUUGUACUGAGAACCUUGAAAAGUAAUUAAGUAAAUAAUGUUCUUAAACAUUCUAUUAUAUCACUUCAAUAAAAUUGAUCCUGUGGUAUGGAAGAUCGAUAAUUAUGGCAAAUCAAUCAAUAGAAGUGAUUUAGUAAAAUAAAAAUUAUGGAGGAAAGUAUCAUAUUAUUAUGCAAGUCAUAUGGCAUUGAAAGUAAUAUUCAACACCUUUAUGUAUCCCUAUAUGAAAGUCAGGCUUCGGAGAGGAAACAAAUUGUAUGACACAAGAAGAGUGAAGAACCAUACCACUAUCCAUUAGAAUUCUUAAUCAAAAUAUCAAAUAAGUUUCAGGGCUUAAUUAUAAUUAUAUUGAACUUGUCUAAGUUGACUUUGCCUAACUCGAAUAAUUUCCAGUCUAUCUUUAUUAACAUGCCAAAUUGCAAAUGCCCUGUACUAAUAUACUCAGAUGUUACGUUCUGUGCAGUAAGCCAUACAGAAACAUACAGAAAUUGUUGUGUUUUCCAUUAAUUAAGGAUCUGUAAUUUGAAUUUUAUCCAAGUCGAACAAUUUUUCAAUGCAAUUUUGGAUUGUACUCAAAUUGUUUACAAUAAUUUUUUGUUGGUAUGGUUUUUGAAUAGUGCAUAUUAUAAAGAUAUGUGACAUGCUUGGAUGAAACUGUCAAAAGCUAUUUAAAUUAAAUAUAAACCUUGAAAGAAUUCUGAAAUAAACGAAACGAAGUAAUGGA